CACCAGAAAUUUAAAAUCUGUUCCAUAGAAGAGCUGCUAGCCUCGCGUUCUUAUAAAUCACACCCUUCAACCACCUACACCUCAGCCUCAGCACCAUCUCCACCCCAACACUCCUGCUAUCUGCCCUCUACCUUCUCUUCUUUCUUCAUCACGAAAAUGGAUAUCCUCCUCUUGGAGAAGACCCUGUUAGCCCUGUUUGUAGCCGCGGUUGUGGCUAUAACCAUUUCUAAACUCCGUGGGAAGCGUUUUAAGCUGCCUCCGGGUCCCAUACCGGUGCCGGUUUUCGGAAACUGGCUCCAAGUCGGCGAUGACUUGAACCAUAGGAACCUCACCGACAUGGCCAAGAAAUUCGGGGACAUAUUCUUGCUCCGGAUGGGCCAGCGUAACCUAGUGGUGGUGUCGUCACCGGACCUGGCCAAAGAGGUCCUGCACACACAGGGGGUGGAGUUCGGGUCCAGGACCCGGAACGUGGUGUUCGACAUAUUCACCGGGAAGGGCCAGGACAUGGUGUUCACGGUUUACGGCGAGCAUUGGAGGAAGAUGCGGAGGAUCAUGACCGUCCCUUUCUUCACCAACAAGGUGGUCCAGCAGCACAGGUUCGGGUGGGAAGACGAGGCGGCGGGCGUGGUGGAGGAGUUGAAGAAGACUCCAGAAGCUUCGACGACUGGGAUCGUCAUAAGGAGGCGGUUGCAGCUGAUGAUGUACAACAACAUGUACAGGAUCAUGUUCCACAGACGGUUCGAGAGCGUGGACGACCCUUUGUUCGUGAAACUCAGGGCUUUGAACGGAGAGAGGAGUAGAUUGGCCCAGAGCUUUGAAUACAACUAUGGCGACUUCAUUCCCAUUUUGAGACCUUUCUUGAGAGGCUACCUCAAGAUCUGCAAGGAAGUCAAGGAGAGGAGGUUGCAGCUUUUCAAGGAUUAUUUCAUCGACGAGAGGAAGAAACUGUCGAGCACAAAGGCAACGGACAACGAAGGAUUGAAAUGUGCUAUGGACCAUAUUCUGGAUGCUGAGAAGAAAGGGGAAAUUAAUGAAGACAACGUGCUUUACAUUGUUGAGAACAUUAACGUUGCUGCUAUUGAAACAACACUAUGGUCUAUUGAGUGGGGGCUUGCAGAACUUGUGAACCAUCCUAGAGUCCAAAAGAAGCUCCAGCAAGAGCUUGAUAAGGUGCUUGGACCUGGUGUGCAAGUCACGGAGCCUGACAUCCAGAAUCUCCCUUACCUUCAGGCUGUGGUCAAAGAGGUUCUCAGGCUCAGGAUGGCAAUCCCUCUUCUUGUACCACACAUGAACCUCAAUGAGGCAAAACUCGGUGGUUAUGAUAUCCCUGCAGAAAGCAAAAUCUUGGUGAAUGCAUGGUGGCUCGCCAACAACCCAGCCCACUGGAAAAAACCAGAAGAGUUUCGCCCAGAGAGGUUCUUGGAAGAGGAGUCCCAGGUUGAGGCCAAUGGAAAUGACUUCCGGUUCCUUCCCUUUGGUGUUGGAAGGAGGAGUUGCCCAGGAAUUAUUCUUGCAUUGCCAAUUCUUGGAAUCACUUUGGGGCGUAUGGUACAGAAUUUUGAGCUCUUACCUCCUCCAGGACAGUCCAAGCUUGAUACCACAGAGAAGGGUGGGCAAUUCAGUUUGCACAUUUUGAAACACUCCACCAUCGUUGCUAAGCCAAGAUCAUCUUAACUCUAGGCCUCUCCUUGUGUUUUCUUUCUUGGUUUAAUUUUCAAUGUGAUCAGAUUGUUAAAGAUGGCCAAGGUUCUGAAUGUCGGAUUGAACUGAAAAAUGUCUGAAUACGCUGUGUGGUGGGCAUGGAAAUGUGUAAAUUUGUGAACUUUUGAAGUUGUUUUUAAGCAUAUAUCUGCAAAAUAAGUUGGUAUUGUCAGAUAA